GGGGAAAAAUCCCACAAAAAUAAAAUGGGACUUUCCACAUACCCUUGGGGCAAACGACAUCAUGUCCAUUGGCAACCUUUCCAGGUGAAGGCAAAUAUAUUUCUGGAAAUCUUUAUGAAUGGGUAUUGAGAAAAAUGCUGAAAACAAAUCUGCUACCUUAAAAUAUAAGGCUGUUCUAGGAAUAGAGGAGAUAAUUGUGAAUAGGCUUGGAACCACAGGCUGUCUUUUGAUUACAUGAUUGUUUAUAGUCCUUAACAAAUUGAUAAGCCCUUGUACAAAUUGAUAGACAGGUUUUCCAUUUACAUCUAAUUUUGGCUUUUUACCAUGCAAGAUAGGUAUAUUAUAUUCGGAUUUACAUGGGAUUAUUAUUAUUUUGCUCAAUUAAAGAAUUUAUCACUGAGGUAAUCCCCUCAAUUACCUCUUUUGAUAAGGGAUAUUGAGGAAUGGAGGGACAUGGGUUCACCUUUUCUUUGAUUUUCACAGGAACAGCUGAUUUGAGUAGGCCUACAUCAGAAGGUGUGGCCCAGAGAGAUUCAGGUAUAUCAGCUGGUAUUUCAAAGGAGAAGAAAAGCAACCUUGUUGAUGACCCAAAAUGACAAAGCAUCCACCAAACAGAAGAGGGAUCAGCUUUGAGGUGGGAGCCCAGUUGGAGGCCCGUGACAGAUUAAAAAACUGGUAUCCAGCUCAUAUACAGGAAAUUGACUAUGAAGAAGGGCAAGUGCUCAUCCAUUUCAAACGUUGGAACCAUCGUUAUGAUGAAUGGUUCUGCUGGGACAGUCCUUAUUUACGUCCAUUAGAGAAAAUACAAUUAAGGAAAGAAGGGUUACAUGAUGAGGAAGGAUCUUUUGAAUUUCAUAUAAAUGAACAGGUACUUGCUUGCUGGUCUGAUUGUCGGUUUUACCCAGCCAAAGUUACUGCUGUUAACAAGGAUGGUACGUAUACUGUGAAAUUUUAUGAUGGAGUAAUUCAGACUGUCAAACAUAUUCAUGUCAAAGCUUUUUCUAAAGAUCAGAGUAUUGUGGGCAAUGCCAGACCUAAAGAAAAAGAUAAUGAAAACUUCUCAUCUCCUGAAAACCAAGAGAAGUUUAAAGAGCAGAGAAAAGUGCCUGCUCAUGCUAAGAAAGACAAAGAUGACAAAACUUUGAAGGCUGAAAAAAGAGCCAGACAGCCUGACAAAGAAGGAAAGCUAGUCAGUCCUGACAAAGGGAAAGGGUCUGAAAAAGGUCUGCUGAAGAACGAGAAAGAGGACAAGGAGAAUAUUUCGGAAAAUGAUAGAGAAUAUUCUGGGGAGACUCAGGCAGACAAGAAGCCUGAGAAUGAUAUUGUGAAGAAUACACAAGAGAACUUAAGGGAACCUAAAAGAAAACGAGGCCGACCCCCUUCCAUACCUCAAUCUGAACCAAAUUCUCAAACUUUGCAACCAAUAACAUUGGAAUUAAGACGACGGAAAAUAUCAAAAGGAGCUGAAAUCCGAUUAAAGCGCCCCAAGCUUGAAAAAAAUUCAUCUCAGGAAAAGUCAAAAGCCUACCCAGAAAACAAUGACAAAGACUUGACCAGGAGACGAUCAUCAAGGCUUUCUAAUAGUGGAAGCCAUGAGAUCCUAGAUGCAGACUUGGUCAUAUCCAAUGUGAUUGAUACUGCUCCUUCAGAAGAUACUCUGCCUCUUGCCAAGGAACUGGAAGAAGGUCAGUUAGAAUCUUCUGUCCGAUCUGAUAAAAGCUCAUCUGAACUAAGAAACCGGUCCUUUGUGGAUGAAUUGAAGACUGCAGUGUUUGAUUUGAAUUGUGAUUCAAUGGAAGACAAAGCUGUAGACAGUGAACUAGCCUCUCCACUUGCUGAAUUGAAAGAGAUUUCUGCUGUAACAGCAACAAAUGCUAUUAAGAGAGAUGAAUUUGUUACUUCAAAAUUUCCUACUAUUGACCUCGACCACAAAUUUAGAUGCACAUUUGUGGAUUGUUUAAAAUUCUUCCGCAAAGCUAAACUUCUGCACUAUCACAUGAAAUAUUUCCAUGGAAUAGAGAAGACACCAGAACCUGAGGAGAAUUCAGUGAAGAGGCAUGUCCAGACUAGAGGUUCUUUAGCCUCUGAAAAGGCCAGUCAAGAUGGGCUUACCAGAAAGCGGAUUACCUCUAGUUCCUUAUGUGGAGAACAGAGAUCUUUGCAGCCUGGAAGGAAAGGAGAGAUCAGCAGCCAAGUGGAAGCAACACCUCCAUUCAUAAUCUCAGGGCAGUUUUCUUGGAUAAUUUCUUGGAGUGUGGUGUCAAUGUUUCUGUUUGUUUCCAGGUUUUCAGCUGUAAAAGACAAGGAAAAGAACAAAGAAAAGAAGUUCAGAGAAUUCGUAAGAUUAAAGUCGAAGAAGAAAAAGAAAAAGAAAAAGAAAUCUAAGCCUGAAUACUCUUGCAGUGAGGAUGCUAGUGAUGCUUCACAAGAGUGUUCACCUCCCAAACCAUUUGCUGUUACCAGGUGUAGUUCCUCAAAUAAGUCUGGUACUCCUCUGAGUACAUCAGUCCAUAUCUCUGAUUCCGGAAAUCACCAAGAAAGAGGAAAAAUACCUGUUACCACAGAAGAUGAUAAUGUGAGUGAUUCUUCUUCAGAGAGUUUUCUCUGGAGUGAUGAAGACUGUAGCCAUGAUAUUGAUGUGACCACUAAUCCAGAUGAUGAUCCUGAUGGAGAAGACAACUUUGAUUUUGAAAUUGUCCGGUGCAUUUGUGAGGUCCAGGAAGAAAAUGACUUUAUGAUUCAGUGUGAAGAAUGUCAAUGCUGGCAGCAUGGAGUGUGCAUGGGUUUGCUAGAAGACAACGUGCCUGAGAAAUACAUCUGCUAUAUUUGCCAAGAUCCUCCAGGUCAGAGGCCUGGUGUAAAGUAUUGGUAUGAAAAGGAAUGGUUAAGUCAUGGCCACAUGCAUGGUUUAGCAUUUUUAGAAGAUAAUUAUUCCCACCAGAAUGCCAAGAAAAUAGUAGCUACUCACCAGCUUCUUGGUGAUGUGCAGAAGGUGAUAGAAGUUCUACAUGGAUUGCAGCUGAAGAUGAGAAUUUUACAGAGCAAAGAACACCCCGAUUUACAGUUGUGGUGUCAACCCUGGAAGCAGCACUCUGGGGAUGAGAAGUCUCAUCCCAAACACGCCCUUCACAUUGAAGAUAAGAGGAAAGAAGAUAUGCCAAGUUAUAGAACUUUCAGUGGGACAGUAGAAAAAACACUGCCCUUUCGUUCUAUGGAAGAGUCUUACAUCACCAGUGAACACUGCUAUCAGAAACCUCGAGCCUAUUAUCCUGCUGUAGAACAGAAGCUGGUGGUAGAGACCAGAGGAUCAGCUAUGGAUGAUAGUGUUAACCCCAUCCGGGAGAAUGGAGAUGAUGUGCUCUCAGAAAGAUUUGGCUGGGAAUUAGAACAAGAAAAAAUCAAGAUACAAAAUGAAUUGAGAAACACUUACUCAAAGGUGAGGGAAUGUGCUUCCAAAAAGGCCCUCUCAGAGGAAGCCCCCACCCUGAAGCUGUUGGAAAAAGACAGGGAAGGUGUGGUGAAUGCUCAGCUCCAGUGGCAAUUUAACCUGCUCACACAUGUUGAAUCUCUUCAGGAUGAAGUCACACACAGGAUGGAUUCCAUCGAGAAGGAACUGGAUGUUCUGGAGAGUUGGUUGGAUUACACAGGAGAACUGGAACCACCAGAGCCUUUAGCCAGACUCCCUCAGCUUAAGCAUUGCAUAAAGCAACUUCUGACGGACUUGGGAAAGGUGCAACAGAUUGCACUUUGUUGUUCUACAUGAGACUGACCUGAGCACCGGCCUUGCAUCAUCACCAGGAUGUCUAUAGGAGGCCCUUUGUAUAUUUAAACAAAACUUGCAUAUGGAGUGCAUGGAACAUGGAUUGACUUCAGGGAUCCAGGCAGAGUGUGGUGGACACAGGGCAGUCACCCUACUCACCAUCAAGACUGCUGAGAGCAGGGUGUUCUACUCUACACAGGCUUCAAGAGAAGGAAGGCAAAGAAGAAAUGUUAGGAUUCCCUCCUUACACAUAAAAUUGUUGGAUGAAAAUAAUAAUUUUUUUUUGUUUUGCACAAACUUCACUUUAAAUCGUGCCACUGAUAAAGGAGUAAGAGCCAAAAAACGUUUAUUUCAAAAUGGUUGUAAAUCCCAUUCUGCAGUUCAUUUAAUUGACUUGAGUUUCAGAUUGGGUCACAAUAGCCUUCCUAGUUUCUGCCUCAUAUGGCAUUGUAAUUGAGCUUUGUGAGAAUGUCAUUUUAUGAUUUAACUGUUAUAUGGAGGUUAAAUAGUACAGGCCCAAAGCCUGCACCAAGUCCUCUAGACUGCUACAAUAAAAUGACCAUUUGGGUUGUAUUCACCCCCUUAGUAAAUAUUAUUUUAGUUCAUCAUGUCUCUAGCAUGAGUGACUUAAUAUAUGGUACUCUGGAAAAUCGAACCUAGUCUGAGCUUGUUCUGUUCCUAAUCCUAGGAUGUACUUGGAUUUUUUGCUUGUGUUAAGGGCUAACAGGCUCCUUUGGGGGAACUGGGGCCUCACUGCAUGUGACCUAUGUUAGGUACCCAAAUUGUGGCAAGAUCUGUAACCCAGGGCAGUAUUUUCUACCCACCUUGUUAAUAUUUGAUAGAUCCUAUUCAAUUUUGAAAUGUAGAUUUUUUUUCAAAGUUGUAAACUUACUAUAUUCCUUACAAAAAGAAUGUCCUUUUGGGGAGUCAACUUAUUUUGUAUACUGUAAGGACUUGGACCCUAUGUACUGCUCUAAGCCUCCCCAGAGAUUCAUUCGCCUUUAAUAGUAUUUCCAGACACCCCAUAACCCUUCUCCUUUUUUGAAAUAUACUGCGACAUUUUAAUUUCCAGUUAUGUCAUAUUUUGUAGGACUGGGGCAAUUAUGCUGUCUAAAUUUCAGGUAGUGUCACAUAGUACCUUUGGGAAUGACAUAUUUGUGUUAUUUUCACAGCCAUCAAUAACAGUCCCUAUAUAUCGUGUUCCCUAUGGUGCGGUGCAGGGGAAUUCCUUGUGCUUUCAGAUCUUUUCCACUAUUUAGUUUUGCUCAUGAUUAUACCACUUAAAACAUCAAAGCACACUUGGCCAUUAGUAUUUGAGAGUUAAGUAACGGUUUAUGAAUCUGUAAUAUUACAUGCUGCAAAUAUUUACUAUAUAAACUUGAAAUAGUCAACAUCUUAAUAGGAAUGGUAAGAUCUGCAAUAAAACUUUGGAUUUAAGUCUUUUGGAAAGGUCCAGAUUGUUUUUAAACAUUAGAAAUGAGGGCCUUGGAAGAAGGAAGUUUCCUAAUUCACAGUAAAACAAGUAUGAUAGCUGAACAGCAGAGAAUGUCAGCGACUAUGACACUUGGAAUAAAGCUCAUAUGACUCUGCUUUUAAAAAGUUUUUUUCCCAUUGCUAGUGCUGCUGUAUGAAAAAAUGCUUAGUCUAUUAAUGACAUUUAAAUUAGGAGUAAUUAACUGGACAGCUGUAUCACAACCAUGACUUGACUGAAAGGAAACAAUGAACAGCUGUUUUUCAGAGUUUCAGCAGAAUAACAAAUGUGGGUAAUCUAGAGUAAGUUAACAGUGAGGGUAGUUAACUGAAAGUAGUUGAAAUGGGUUAGGUUUUUACAGAGCUGGGAACAGAAAUGAAAAAUUCCUGUUGAAUUCUGCCAACUGGCUGUUUUUCUUGAUUCUGCUGGAUAAUUUUGAAAGGAAAUAAAAUUCCAUUUCUAUUUAAAGGUCUUUCUCAGAAGAGGCAGCAAAAAGCAAUGUCUUCUGAGAGAGAUUUAUUCAGCUGAAUACUUAAAAAUGCCCCUUCCCUUUUCAAGUCUCUUUAGGGAGAGAUUCUGUUUUGUGAUAGAGGAUUACAGGAAUGAGGGCCUCCAUCCCUGAAUGCUGGACCAAGCUUAAAGUUGGACACUGGAAACAAUUACUGCUGUUACCCUUAAGAAAUGUUUAGUUAUUGUAUAUUACCAAAAUUUUAAUUUUGUCUCUCUGGAGAAAAGAUAUCCUACUAAAAUUUGCCUUGGCAGAAGCAGUUCUGGUUUGACUAAAUUUUGUUUCUUUAAAUCAGUGAUGGGUGAAUGCAAGGUAGUACCUUGAUGAGAUGAGCCAACAUUGCACUGUGGAGAUGUAACUGUUUGUUUAUGCACUAUUAGAAUUGGAGGGCACUGUAUAUAGAAGUUUUGCUUUGAAGCAAUAUUUGCAAAACAUACAAACCUCUUUAUCUGUGUUUGGAAAAAAUAAAUAAGGUUUUGUUGUUUA